UUUUUCGUAAUUUGCAAUUAUAUAACUAUUAAAUGUAUCUACCUAUUCAAAAGAACAACGUAUAAUAAAAAAAUUAGGAUACAAAUAUACCGCAUGUCUAAAAUAUGUAUAACACUGACAAUAACGCCGCAAUGAAAUAAAAAACAUAUUAAAUGUUUAAUUAUGUCAUGUGUGUAGGCGUCGGACGAGUACAAAAUACCACAUCGAAUGGUGACGACAAACAGACGAAACUGCCCUUUAUAAAUAUACACUACACAUUAUUAACUAUCAUCGUGCAGACCACACCAUGAUAUUGUACCUAUUCUUUUUAGUUUCAUUUAUUUCGAUUUCAAUUCCACUAUGGUCGGACUCGUCACCAUAUUGUAAUUUUUACUAAUUAUCAUUACCCGUGUACUGUUAGUUAUAUUACUUUUUAGUGUUGUCACGGAUCGUAGUCAAAACAAUCAUGUAGGUAAUCGUAUAUGGCACGGAAUACAGAAAACCAUAUUUAUAGAAAAAACCGAGUCCACGAACGGCUACUACAUAAUAACGACGUGUAUUUCUGCACGUAUCUGCGCGACUACACAACUGUGCGCAAUAUUUGAUAUAUAGGUCAACAGGCAUAAAAUAUAUGGAUAUAUAACGACUUGCAAGGCUAUAAUGAUUUCUCCGACAACCGCGCAUUCCCCACUGACACGCGGCGCGUAGUCCCUGAAAAAUUACACCACAAAAAUCUCAAUUGAUUCGGACUACGAUACGAUAUAUCUUAUCAGACCAUCAUUCGGUCAAGACGUGUCACCUGUCAAAACGGUCAUAACUCUCUCUUUCUCGAGUCUCGUACUUCCUAUUUUUUGUGAAUGGUUGACUGUGAAUUCAAAGAACUUUUCCGCCGUCCAAAAUAUGUCGUCGAAUCAGAAGGUAUUAAAUUUAGACAAUAUGAAUCCCAACGUAAGGAUAAUGGAAUAUGCUGUCCGGGGACCGUUAUUGAUAAGAGCUACAGAAAUUGAAAAUGAAUUGAAGAAGGGUGUUGAAAAACCUUUUAAAGAAGUGCUUAAAGCAAAUAUUGGUGAUUGUCACGCAAUGGGACAAAAGCCAAUAACAUUCAUACGCCAGGUUUUAGCUUUGGUAUCUCAACCAGAAUUGUUAGAUGAUGAUCGGUAUCCUGAGGAUGUUAAAGAACGUGCAAGAACUAUAUUGGAUGGAUGCCGUGGUGGUAGUGUUGGGUCCUAUACUGAUUCUCCAGGAAUAGAAAUAAUAAGAAAACAUGUUGCUCAAUAUAUUGAACGUCGAGAUGGUAUUCCUUGUGAUUAUUUAAAUGUUCUUCUGUGUGCUGGUGCAUCAGAUGGAAUAAAAUCUAUUUUACGAUUAUUGGUUGCUGAUGUCGAUGGAAAAAAACCUGGAGUUUUAAUUCCUAUUCCACAAUACCCAUUAUAUUCUGCUACAUUAGCAGAGUUUAAUGUUCAACAGGUUGGAUACUUUUUAGAUGAAAAUAAAAAUUGGGGUUUGGAUGUGAAUGAAUUAGAACGUUCGAUAACUGAAGCACGAAAACAUUGUAACCCUAGAGCUAUUGUGGUUAUUAAUCCUGGCAAUCCAACUGGCCAAGUAUUAACCAGAGAAAAUGUGGUGGAUGUUAUUAAAUUUGCAUACAAAGAAAAUUUGUUCUUACUUGCUGAUGAGGUAUAUCAAGAUAAUGUGUAUGCCGAAGGAAGUAAAUUUUAUUCAUUUAAGAAAGUAUUGACUGAAUUAGGAUCUCCUUAUAGUGAAAUGGAAUUGGCGUCAUUUAUGUCUUGUUCUAAAGGUUAUAUGGGAGAAUGUGGUUUAAGAGGUGGUUAUACAGAAGUGAUUAAUUUGGAUCCAGAGGUUAAAGCAAUGUUACUCAAAUCUGUGUCAGCUAUGUUAUGUCCUACAGUUCUUGGCCAAACUGUGAUGGACUGUGUUGUAAAUCCUCCACAACCAGGUGAACCAUCAUAUGAAAGUUUUCAAAAUGAAAAAAAUAGUGUACUAAAAUCGUUAAAGGAAAGAGCUAAAUUGGUGGCCGAUACAUUUAACAGUAUUCCUGGAAUGUCUUGCAAUCCAGUUCAAGGUGCAAUGUAUGCUUUUCCACAAUUUAAGUUACCUGAAAGAGCAAUCAAAGAAGCAAAAAAUCAAGGAAUUGAACCUAAUGCAUUUUAUGCGUUUCAACUUUUGGAAAAUACUGGUAUUUGUAUUGUACCUGGAUCUGGAUUUGGACAAGUUGAAGGAACUUAUCAUUUUAGAACUACUAUCUUACCUCAGCCUGAUAAGUUGAAAAAUAUGUUGGACAGUUUCAAAGAUUUUCAUUUAAAAUUUUUGAAACAAUGGGAAUAAUGUUUGAUAAAAGAAAAGUAUAGCAAUAAAUAAAUUAUUUAAGUAGAAAUAAAAUACCAAUUACUUUUCAAUUUUACUACUAAAAAUGUAAGAAGUUUAUCUAAAAUGUAUGAUAAACUUACAGUAUUUUUAUAAUUUUACUUACUUUCUUUUAGUCAGUGAUACUGUGUAUUGCAGUUAAUUAAGCAUAUAAUUUUUUCAUUUACCAGUUAGAAUUGUUCCUACGUAAUUUAAACAAAACAAUUACUUUUCAUUUUUUAUGUGUUGUUAUUAACGUUUAAAGGAAAUGGAUAUUGUAUUUUAAAUGUAAAUUAUUUUUUUGUUUGUCCUUAACAUAAUUACCAUUUACCAAGACUGUUCAAAAUUAUUAAAAAAAGUUCUCGGUUUUUUUAAAUACUUUAAUUUUAGUUUUAAAGAUUACUACAAACUAUUUCGAUGUGAAAAUGUAUCCUUGUACUUAUAAAUGUUUCUAUACUAGAUUACAUUUUACAUAAACUUGUUAGAAUAUAACCUGCAAUUUCUACAAGCUAUAAAUUAGUUAUGCUAGUCUAUAUUCAAUUUAAAUUAUUUCUAUUAAUAAUUUAUUAUUCAUAACUUGAUAACUCCAUAAGGGUUUAUAUAAAUCUAAUCUAGUUUUGUCAACAGAACAAUAUUUCCUAGUUAAAAAUUCUUAUACCAAAAAUCUAUUGUUAAAUCCAUCCUCACGUUACUUAAUUAUUUGUUUCCUAAAGUGUACCAUUUUAAUUUUACAUCUGAAUUAUUUCUAGAAAGAUAUGAAUUAAAAAUAAUAUUUUAUGCAUGUAUUCCUUAACUAUAAUUAAUUAAUUUUUAUUAUUGUAUGUAUUAAUAUGUAGUAUCGUUCAUAAACAUAUUCAGUUGAAUACCGUCAAAAGCUUAAAAUGUAUUGUAAUAAUUUAAACUAACAGAAUAAUUUGUUUAGAUAUUAUAAUAUAUUCGUUUUAUAUUUAUAAUAUAUAUAACUACCAUCAUUGAGUUUAUUAUGUAUUAACUUUAUUACUGUACUCAAUGCUACUACUUAUUAAUGUUUAAAUAAAGUUUGUUAAUGUAAAAGUA